CUCACUUUCUGAAUCUCUCCACCUAUAAAUUCUCUAGUUGUGACGGCAGUCGUACAUAAAGUGUUGGGGAAAUACCCACUCCAGCUUCCAGCCAGGUGCUCCUUGAAUUGCACAUAAAUGCUCCAGGUUCGGUUGGAUGCCGCCCUAAUAAAGUCAUGACUGACCGCGAAUCGCUCACUUCGGCGCCGACCAGCGAGGAUGUGCGACCUACGCCGACCGUCGACCGGGAAUGGUGCUACGAGGAGACGCGCGCCCCUGGAGAAGGCGACUUUGAGAAGCUAUCGACAGUUGCGUCGGGUCGCUCUGCAUUCGAACAACAUGCGCAGUCAAUCAUCUCGAGGGUUCGAAGUCGUGAACCUGGCCAGACUGCACGUUUCACGCAUCCGCUGUCGCACACGAAAACCGCCGAAGACGUCAUUGUUGGGUUUGAUGGGCCGGAUGAUCCUUACAUGCCCUUGAACUGGGGAUUUAAGAAGAAGGCGAUUACAACCGUCAUGUAUGGACUGACAACUAUGGGCACAACUUGGGCUAGCUCCGUGUACGAUACCACGAUUGUCAGCUAUUGCCAUCUCUGAAUUAGUAACUGACAAACUCCUCCAGCUACUCGCCUGGGAUUAAUGGGAUACACUUACGAUUUAGUGUCGGUAAAGAAGUUGCCACUCUUGGUACAGCACUGCUCUUGUUUGGAAUGGGACUGGGUCCAUUGGUCUGGGCACCACUAUCUGAGGUCUAUGGGCGCAAGACGGCAGUCUUAAUACCGUAUUUCCUAGCUGCAGUAUUCACGUUUGGUACAGCAACGGCCAAGGAUGUACAAACGGUCAUGAUCACACGAUUUUUCACAGGAUUUUUCGGCUCAGCCCCUGUCACCAAUACCGGCGGCGUCCUGAGUGAUAUCUGGACUGCAGAACAUCGGGGUGUAGCGAUGGUUGGAUAUGCAUUCGCCGUGGUUGGAGGACCAGUGCUGGGACCAAUUGUCGGCGGUGCUAUCUCUCAGAGCUAUCUUGGGUGGAGGUGGAACGAAUACAUAACCGGCAUUAUGAUGUCUUUUUUCCUCACAAUGGAUGUGAUAUUUCUCGAUGAAAGCCACCCCGCCACACUCUUGGUCUAUAAGGCGCGAAGACUUCGUUUCGAGACUGGUAACUGGGCACUUCAUGCACGCCAUGAAGAAUGGGAUGUUACCCUGAAGGAGCUGGCCAACAAGUAUCUCAUUCGCCCUUUUGAGCUAUUGUUCACUCCCAUUUGUUUCCUGAUGGCUCUAUAUGCGUCUUUCGUCUACGGCAUCCUAUAUCUCAGUCUUGCUUCUUUUCCCAUCGAGUUCGGAGAAGUCCGAGGCUGGAAUCUGCUGGUUGAAAAUCUGCCCUUCUUGGCCUUACUCGUGGGGAUCCUUGCCGGUGGCUUCAUCAAUAUCUUCAACCAACGAUUUUAUCUCACACGCUUCAAGGCGAACAACAACCGUCCUGUCCCUGAAGCCCGCCUUCCACCAAUGAUGCUUGGCUCCAUCUUCUUUGCAGGUGGCUUAUUCAUCUUCGGCUGGACUAGUCCUCGUCACAUCCACUGGAUGGGCCCGGUCGUCGGCGCCUCCUGCAUGGGUUUUGGCUUCUUCACUAUCUUCCAAGCUGCGCUGAACUACCUUGUCGACACGUUCCAGAAGGUUUCAGCCAGCGCUGUCGCAGCUAAUACAUUCUUGCGAAGUAUGUUUGCUGGCUCCUUCCCGUUAUUCGCGACCUACAUGUUUCACGGAAUAGGCGUGGAUUGGGCGUCGAGUGUACUCGGUUUUGUGGCCGUGGGACUGAUUCCUAUUCCAUAUCUGUUUUAUGUGUUUGGCCCACGGAUCAGGGCGAGAGGAAAGUGGUCCCGAGCCUCUGUCGAAUAAGUUUUAUGGCUUUUCUUUUGAAAAAGAAAAAGAAAAAGACAUCAGCAGAGAAAGCAUGUGAAUGUCAGAAAAAGACUACAGAGCACCAUACCACGCAAAGAGUCUUUCCCGUAAGAGACUCGUGAUAAGACCUCGUCUCUUCGAUCUUCGAUGCAAUGCUGUUUACUCUCCCCGUUAUACACCCUUCGUUGUUUCUCUCGAGACGGACUAAAUGCAUUUUAGUACAGCAGUCCCCGAUGUUUCAAGAUACCACCAUCACGCUUUUUGCGGUUCUUUGUCCUUGCCCUGUGUUAUUUAGCAUAUACCUGGCGUAUAUCCAAGCUUAUCUAUAUAUAGUCCUAUCAUUAAUAUCGUAAUUAAGAUAUCAUUUUCCCGCAAAUAUGAACAAUCCU